CUGCCCUGCCCCGCGGGGGAGGCUCGGACCCCCCGGCGCUGCCGGCCGCGGCUGGAGCCGGCCCGGCGGGGAGCCCCGGGAGCCAGCGGCCGCGGGCGCGGGGCGAGCCUCAGAUGCGGCUGUCACACAACCCCGGCCGGGCUAUUUAAAGUAACGGGCCCCGCCGGACACUGGUGUCUCUGCCUAUUUAUGAGCCCCCGGGAGCCGGCGGGCGCCGCCGGGCAGCGCUAGGAGCCGAGCCCGCCGGGAGCAGCGCCGGGGCCCGCCCGGAGCAUGACGGCGAUCCGGGCGCUGCUGCUCUGCCUGUGCCUGGGGCUGCCGGCGGGCGGGCAGCCCUUCCUGCGCCUGCGACCCUCGCCCAGCGACAACCUGCCCGUCAAGGACAUCGUGGAGCACCCGGACCCCGAGUACGACCCCAAGGAGCAGGACCUGGACGAGAGGACGCUGAGAAAGAAGCUGGGCAGCCAUUUCGACCCCGGCUUCAUGGCCGUGGCCGUGCCGGGGCCGGCGCCGGCCAACGCCUCGGGCGCCGCGGCGGCGGCGGGGCGGGGGCGGGCGGCGCUGCCGGCGGAGCUGCGGCGGCUGGAGCUGGGGCCGCCCCGGGGCCCCCGCCUGCGGCUGGGCAAGAAGGCGCGGCGGAAGGUGCUGCAGUGGCUGUGGGCGCACACCCACUGCCCCGUCCUCUACGCCUGGAAGGACCUGGGGGUGCGCUUCUGGCCGCGCUACAUCAAGGAGGGCAACUGCCUGGCCGAGAAGUCCUGCUCGCUGCCCGAGGGCAUGUUCUGCAAGCCCGUCAAGUCGGUCACCAAGACCUUCCUGCGCUGGCACUGCCAGGGCUGGUCCAGCCAGAAAUACUGCACCUGGAUCCCCGUGCAGUACCCGCUCAUCUCCGAGUGCAAGUGCUCCUGCUAAGCCUUCCCGGCCCCUUGCACUGCCGCCCUCCUCCUCCGGAUCACUUUAGGGGGGGAGGUUUUUUGGGUGGGUUUUUUUG